AUGAUCAUAAGUUGCAAUGAGAGCCACAAUGACUUCAUCCUCCAGGGCUUCUCUGACAAACCUUAUUUGGAGAAGGUACUUUUUUGGAUCAUUUUGUUUUUUUAUUGCUUGACACUUGCAGGAAAUAUGGUCAUAGUUCUUGUCUCCAUGAAGGAUCCAAAGCUCCACAGUCCCAUGUAUUUCUUUCUUUCCAACCUUUCCUUGCUAGAUCUCUGUUUUACCAGCAGUUGUGUGCCACAGAUGUUGGUUAAUUUAUGGGGUCCAGAGAAGACUAUCAGCUAUAUUGGCUGUGCUAUUCAACUCUAUGUCUUCCUGUGGCUUGGAGCCACUGAGUGUGCCCUUCUUGUUAUCAUGGCCAUGGACCGCUAUGUGGCAGUGUGUCAUCCACUGCAAUAUACCACUACCAUGCAUCCCAGAGUUUGUCUGCAGCUAGCUACCCUUGCCUGGGGAACUGGUCUGGUGCAGUCUUUGGUCCAAUCCCCUGCCACCCUCCAGUUACCUUUCUGCUCCAGGAUAAUAGAUGACAUCGUGUGCGAAGUCCCAGCUCUUAUUCAUCUCUCCAAUACAGAUACUACCUACAAUGAAACCCAGAUGUCCAUUGCUAGCAUUUUUCUUCUGGUGGUUCCCUUGGUCAUUAUCCUUUCCUCUUAUGGUGCUAUCGUGCAUGCAGUACUGAGAAUAAAGUCGAAUGCAGGACAGAAGAAAGCAUUUGGUACCUGUAUUUCUCACCUUCUUGUGGUCUCCCUCUUCUAUGGAACUGUCACAGGUGUCUACCUUCAACCCCAAAAUCACUAUGCUCAUGAACGGGGCAAGUUUCUCACCCUUUUCUACACAGUAGUAACCCCAACUCUUAACCCCUUCAUCUACACUCUGAGGAACAAGGAAGUAAAAGGAGCACUAAGAAGAUUAAGGAGGAGGACUGGGUUUCCCAGAAUAACUAAAAAGGUUGAUAUUUGUUUGCCUGUUGCUUAA